AUGAGCGCCUCAGCCAUUCAUUUGGUGACCAUGAGAGAGGUUGUCGACGCCGUUGUGGCGACGCCGCGUCAUUAUUUGAUCCUAAACAAUGUGCAGAAGAUCAAAAACCUCAAGAACAUGCUCGUGAGUGCUUCAGCCUUUGGGGUCAAAGAGGUGUUUGUCGUUGGACAGAAGACAUUCGGCUUGCAGGAACAAGAGCCUUUUCUGAGCUCACUGAGCUGUCAGGUCACGCGUCUGGCCACGUUGAAAGGGUGCAGAGCGCAUUGCAAGGAGCGAGGCAUUCGCAUCAUUGGAGUCGAGAUCAUGCAGACUGCUGCGAGUGUCGCCGACCACCCAUUUCGUGGUGACUCGGCUUUUAUCAUGGGAAACGAGGGCAGUGGCAUGAACUCGGCUCAAGUGGCAAUUUGCGAUGAUUUCGUGUACAUUCCGCAGCACGGAGGCGGCACGGCAUCGCUCAAUGUGACGGUCGCAGCAUCGAUUGUCUUGCAAAGCUUUGCGCUGUGGGCUAAAUUGCCAAUGACAACGAGCAGUGGUGUUGCUGCAGCAAGAGGAAAUCACAAGUGA